AUGUCGUCGUCUAUCGUGUUGAAAUUAUGCGUAACAUGGAGUUUACUAACGAGUUGCUGCUCUUACACCGAAGAUAUUGCGCGGUAUCGUUAUCACGUCGGAGGAAAGAGAUACGGAAGUGGUGAGAUGUACGCGAUGCCUGCGAUACGAAGAUGGAGAGAAGAAGCGGAACCGAGCGGCGGACCUUUUCCCUCAAGGAGGGACACGCAGCUCCAGCCUUACGUAAGAUUAACGAAAGUGGAGCAGCAAGGGGAACAACCGGAUCCGUUGAUCGCCAUCUCCGAGACGUUGGGCGCGCUCAACACCGUCGGCAGUUACAUCGUCAAUAUGACCAGAGGCAUGGAAAACUCGAGUUACCCGCCCAAGGAAUUACCUUCCGCUAUAUAUACCAUCUCCAAGAAUAUUCUAGGACGCAACGUAACGGAGAGCAUCGCACCGUUGGUCCGAGGAGUGGGUUUGCCCCUGAGAGCCUCGCCGAUCGGGGACUCCUCCUCGUUGGAGAUCGAAAAGGAAUCGGCGAGUGGCGCGGCUGGAUGCACCACGGCCGAUGGUAAUCCCGGAAAGUGUCAGGAUCUGAGCAAUUGCCCUCAACUGUUGCUCGACUUGACCAAACUCAGACAAUCGUUGUGCUUCAAAAGUCUGUUCGUGCCGGGUGUUUGUUGUCCGUCGACGGACAAAACGGAUGCCGGCGGAACGGUAAACAGGUAAACAGGCAACCACACACAGAUCAUCCUUAUUACGUCGCACGCUCCUCUACGAAAAUCGAAAUUUUCGUUACGUCCUCGACCAGUUCGGCUCAGUCUGCCGCCGCCAACCACCACACCCUCCAAUUCUGCCGGCCUGUUGUUAACUACUUCCGUUCGUCCGUCUUCGUCCUCGAGCAACCAAUCCAACAGCCCCCUCGAUAAUAUAAUACACGACGACGAAGAAUGCGGAGUGAGAAACUCGGGCAAGUAUCGAGUUGUCGGCGGAGAAGAAGCUCUACCAGGACGUUGGCCCUGGAUGGCGGCGAUAUUCCUACACGGCUCGAAACGCACCGAAUUCUGGUGCGGCGGAUCUUUGAUCGGAUCGCGACACAUUCUCACCGCGGCUCAUUGCACCCGCGAUCACCGUCAACGGCCAUUCGCCGCGAGACAGUUCACCGUACGACUCGGAGACAUAGAUCUCGAGAGGGACGACGAACCGUCUGCCCCGGAAACCUACACGGUCAACCAGAUUCACGCGCAUCCAAAAUUCUCCCGUGUUGGAUUUUACAACGACAUCGCGGUACUCGAGCUGACCAGGCCUGUUAGAAAAUCUCCUUACGUCAUUCCGAUCUGUCUACCGCAGAUGCGCUACAGAAACGAGCGAUUCGCCGGCGCUAGACCCACCGUUGUCGGUUGGGGUACCACUUACUACGGUGGUAAAGAGAGCACGGUUCAACGGCAAGCGGUGCUUCCGGUAUGGAGGAACGAAGACUGCAACGCGGCUUACUUUCAACCGAUCACCAGCAAUUUCCUAUGCGCCGGUUAUAGUCAAGGUGGGAAAGAUGCCUGCCAGGGUGAUUCGGGUGGGCCGCUUAUGCUCAGGGCCGACAGCCGAUGGAUUCAAAUUGGUAUCGUUUCGUUCGGUAACAAGUGUGGAGAACCUGGAUAUCCGGGAGUUUACACGCGUGUCACCGAAUACACAGACUGGAUAAAGAAUAAUGUCAAUUGA